AUGCCUUACGCCCUUUCCGACUCCCACAAGCAGCUUGUGUCUGCUCACUUGAGCGAAUCCGACCCUGAGGUGGAACAGAUCAUCAAGGAUGAGAUCGACAGACAAAAGCACUCUAUCGUGCUGAUCGCUUCCGAGAACUUCACCUCGACCUCCGUUUUCGACGCCUUGGGAACGCCCAUGUGUAACAAGUACUCCGAAGGGUACCCUGGCGCCCGUUACUACGGUGGUAACGAACACAUCGACAGAAUGGAGCUGUUGUGCCAAAAGAGAGCCUUGGAGGCUUUCCACGUCAGCCCAGAAAAAUGGGGUGUCAACGUCCAGACCUUGUCGGGUUCUCCUGCCAACCUGCAGGUUUACCAGGCCCUCAUGAAGCCUCACGAGAGAUUGAUGGGUCUGUUCUUGCCCGACGGUGGCCACUUGUCCCACGGUUACCAGACCGACACCAGAAAGAUUUCUGCCGUCUCCACCUACUUCGAGUCCUUCCCUUACAGAGUCGAUCCUGCCACCGGCAUUAUCGACUACGACACCUUGGAGAAGAACGCCAUCCUGUACAGACCUAAGAUCCUGGUCGCCGGUACCUCUGCCUACUGUCGUUUGAUCGACUACAAGAGAAUGAGAGAGAUCGCUGACAAAGUCGGCGCCUACUUGAUGGUCGACAUGGCUCACAUUUCCGGUCUCAUCGCUGCCGGUGUGAUUCCAUCUCCAUUCGAGUACGCUGACAUUGUCACCACCACCACCCACAAGUCUUUGAGAGGCCCACGUGGUGCUAUGAUCUUCUUCAGAAGAGGUGUGAGAUCUGUCAACCCUAAGACCGGCAAGGAGGUUCUAUACGACCUAGAGAACCCAAUAAACUUCUCCGUCUUCCCAGGUCACCAGGGUGGUCCACACAACCACACCAUCUCUGCUCUGGCUACCGCUUUGAAGCAGGCUGCUACCCCAGAGUUUAAGGAGUACCAAGACCAGGUCCUGAAGAACGCUAAAGCUCUGGAGUCUCAAUUCAAGAAGUUGGGCUACAGACUGGUUUCCGACGGUACCGACUCCCACAUGGUCCUUGUUUCUUUGAGAGAAAAGGGCGUCGACGGUGCUCGUGUUGAGUACGUGUGCGAAAAGAUCAACAUCGCCUUGAACAAGAACUCUAUCCCAGGCGACAAGUCCGCUCUCGUUCCAGGUGGUGUGCGUAUCGGUGCCCCAGCCAUGACAACCAGAGGUUUGGGUGAGCAGGACUUCGUCAAGAUUGUUGACUACAUUGACAAGGCCGUCCAAAUCGCCCACGACGUUCAGCACUCUUUGCCUAAGGAGGCCAACAGAUUGAAGGACUUCAAGGCUAAGGUUGACCAAAACAUCCAAGACCUGGAGCCUAUCAAGAAGGAGAUUUACUCUUGGGCCGGCGAGUUCCCACUGCCAGUGUAA